UACAGAGAGGUGGAGCUUAGUCAAGAUGGCGCCUAACGGCAACUCCUUUGCUUGCAUCUUUGGAAACAUCUCCAUUUUUAGCCUUAGAUAUCUCUACUUUUCCCUUUCAGGGUUGUUUUGAAGACUCUGACCUGGAGUUAUAUGAUGAUUUCAGUUCUUUGUGGGAAGGGGUCUCAGGACUGGCCGCUAUUCGAUAUACCAAGGAUGCGGCCUAGAAGACUAGAGAGCCUUCAGGGCUUCAGGAUUUCAUGGCUGUGGAGGCAGGUGGACUUGAGCCAUAUAUCCUUCCUUGGAACGUGUCUCUGCCACCAACUGACUCCAGUUGGCUUCAGGAUCCAUUUUCCAGCUUCUCAAUUUGGACCUUCUGAGGAUCCCAGGUACUCACAUUUAAUUGACUCUGCCUCCCGUUGUUUCUCCCGUCGAGCCAUGAGGAGGUACCUGGCGUCCCUGUCACAAUCCCUUCCACGCCUCCACACCUUUCUUUCAGUCUGCAAUGGACCUGUCCGUUAUUUCAUCCUCCGUCAGAUCCAUGCGUGCAAUCGCUGUUUCUUUGACUUUAUCACGUCCUGCAAGGAUUGCAAGAUCUUCCAUCUGCAGACUCCAGAGCACGGACUUUGUAUCGCGGCCCCGGGCCCGGCCGUCGAUCUCAGCUGCCCCAGCAACCCAGGGCAUGUUCAAAACCUGGACUCCAGCACCAUCAACGCAGGUUCCAGCGACCAUGGAUUGGCCCCGGCCGUCGAUCUUGGCUGCCCCAGCAACCCAGGGCAUAUUCAAAACCUGGACUCCAGCACCAUCAACGCGGGUUCCCACGACCAUGGAUUUGCCCCGGCCGUCGAUCUUGGCUGCCCCAGCAACCCAGGGCAUAUUGAAAAUCUGAACUCCAGCACUACCAACGCGGGUUCCAGCGGCCAUGGACAGCUUCAAAGCGAUUGUGCAACCACCAACUGCGGCUCCAGUCUUGAACUCCAGGCCGGGUCUUCACAUGCUGCGAUUGUGAUUCCCAUCUCCCCUUCCCCCACCACCACUCUGCAAUCCCCUCUCCCUCAGAUCCCAUCAUCAGCUCCUGGGCCCUCAGAGGCUCCAUCUUCCUCUCACCCCAACCCUUCCCUCUCCACCGACACUACCAGCUUCCCUCCCCCCUCUGAUCCCAUCUCUCAUCCGUGCCGGGUCUUUACCAUUCCCUCCGACCUUCAACUCUCUGAGGCAGAGUGCUCUGUCCUCAGUAAGGGCCUCACCUUUGUCCCCCUUCGCCCACACCUCAACGAGUUCCGCGUAUGCCAUGACGCUGAACUCUUCUUCCGCCGUCUCUGUCUCCGAGUUUACUUCUUUGGCAAGGACCCUCCUAUCCCCACUGAUGACCCCUUCUCCUGUCUUCAACCCUCCUCCUCUUCAUGGACAUCCCGCUCUGGUCUUCUGCCUGCUCUGGAUCUCUUUAUUGCUAAUUGCCAACGGGACAACAACCGUCUCGACUUCACCACACCGUGUUCCAAUUCCAACCAGUCCUGACGAAGGGUCUCGGCCCGAAACGUUGACAGCGCUUCUCCCUAUAGACACUGCCUGGCCUGCUGCGUUCCACCAGCAUGUUGUGUCUGAAGCCAUUUUGAUUAACAUAUGCAGUAACAAGGAGAAAAGAAGAAGCGCCCUUACACUGGCUGCUGGCUGUGAGCCCGGAGACCUGCGUUCUUCGGGCACUGAGCUCGGAAGAAGCGACAGAACAGACUUUUAACACCAUAAAUCAGUGAGUUGUUUGUUAUGUCUCCCCUCUUGCUGUGAAAUGAGGACACCUCUUUUUCCUUUAUUAGGGAGAAAGAGAGCCUGUGGUCUGUUGCAUUACCGGGUGAACGAGCAGUCUUUGGGGGUACUGCAAGUCUGUGUCUUUAUUGAUGCUUUUUCAGCUG